AUGUCGCUCUCCACUACCAUUAAGACCCCCAAUGUCACUUAUGAACAGCCCCUUGGCUUGUUCAUUAACAACGAAUUCAUCAAGGGUGUUGACGGCAAGACCUUCGAGACCCUGAACCCCACCACCGAGAAACCCAUCACCUCCGUCCACGAGGCUUCCGAGAAGGAUGUCGACAUCGCUGUCAAGGCCGCCCGCGAGGCCUUUGAGGGUCCCUGGAAGAAGGUGACCCCCUCGGACCGUGGCCGUAUGCUUACCAAGCUGGCCGACCUCUUCGAGCGUGAUAUGGAGACCCUGGCUUCCAUCGAGGCUCUCGAUAACGGUAAGGCCGUCACCAUGGCCAAGGUCGAUAUUGCCAAUGCUGCUGGCUGCCUGCGCUACUACGGUGGCUGGGCCGAUAAGAUCACUGGCCAGACCAUUGACACCAACUCCGAGACCCUCUCCUAUACCCGCCACGAGCCCGUUGGUGUCUGUGGUCAGAUCAUCCCCUGGAACUUCCCCAUUCUCAUGUGGGCCUGGAAGAUUGGCCCCGCUGUCGCUGCCGGUAACACCGUAAUCAUUAAGACCGCUGAGCAGACCCCUCUGUCUGGUCUGUACGCCUCUAAGCUCAUUGUUGAGGCUGGCUUCCCUCCCGGUGUCAUCAACGUUAUCUCCGGCUUCGGUCGUGUUGCUGGUGCCGCCAUCUCUAGCCACAUGGACAUUGAUAAGGUCGCCUUCACCGGUUCCACCCUUGUCGGCCGUAUGAUCCUGCAGGCCGCCGCUAAGUCUAACCUGAAGAAGGUUACUCUCGAGCUGGGUGGCAAGUCCCCCAACAUCGUCUUCGAGGACGCCGAUAUUGACAACGCUAUCUCAUGGGCUAACUUCGGUAUCUUCUUCAACCACGGCCAGUGUUGCUGCGCCGGUUCUCGCCUGCUGGUCCAGGAGAGCAUCCACGACAAGUUUGUCGCUCGCUUCAAGGAGCGUGCCGCACAGAACAAGCUCGGCAACCCCUUCGAGGGUGACACCUUCCAGGGUCCUCAGGUUUCCCAGCUCCAGUUCGACCGCAUCAUGGAGUACAUCAACCACGGCAAGAACGAGGGUGCCACUGUCGCCCUGGGUGGUGAGCGCCACGGCACCGAGGGCUACUUCAUCCAGCCCACCGUUUUCACUGAUGUCACUCCCGAAAUGAAGAUCGCCCAGGAGGAGAUCUUCGGCCCCGUCAUCGCCGUCACCAAGUUCAAGGAUGAGGCUGAUGCCAUCCGCAUUGGUAACAGCACCAACUACGGUCUCGCUGCUGCCGUUCACACCAAGAACAUCAACACCGCCAUCCGCGUUUCUAACGCUCUCAAGGCUGGUACCGUGUGGAUCAACAACUACAACAUGAUCUCUUACCAGGCUCCCUUCGGUGGCUUCAAGGAGUCCGGCAUUGGCCGUGAGCUCGGUUCCUAUGCUCUGGAGAACUACACCCAGGUCAAGACUGUGCACUACCGCCUGGGCGAUGCCCUGUUCUAA